CCUGUUUUCAGAGUCUCAAGCUGAGACCGAUGAGGAGGACAUGAAGAAGCCAGUCUGCUCUCUGUAAGUGUUCCUGACGUUCACGCACCUCCAUCAGUAUGAGUUCAAAACUGCUCUGCUUAUACACUCACAGAUACAGCUUGGCCUUGGUCAUGACCUUGGUGCUGGUAACAGCUACAGAUGAUGACAGCGGCCCACCGACGAAAAUCACGGCUGUUUUGGGUGACACCACUACAUUCAGAUGCCACAUUCAGAAGCACGGGAUUCCUGUUACGCGCUUGCACAUAAUUAGAGUUCUUAAAGACAGUCAAGAGAUAUUCAUCAACGGUUUUGAUUCAACCAGAAAGUUGGAUGCUUCUCCUGAGUACCAGAUCAGAACCAAAGUGAACAAAAUGGACCUCAGCAUGGAAAUGACAAAUGUCUCCGUUUCUGAUGAAGGAUUGUACAGAUAUGUUGUUUUUUUCAGCACGGUGGUCAAAAAAAUGUUUAAGAUCUAUCUCAAAGUCACAGCCAAUUACAGCAUUCCCACAAUGGAGAAAGAGUGCAGUGAAUGUAAGCAUGGUGAUGGCGCUGCUGGGAAGAGCUGUCAGCUGAGCUGCUUGUCGGUGGGCGGUUACCCGCAGAGCACCGUGAGUUGGACGGGGCUUAAUCUGAGUCUGAUAAAUGUCAUUCACAACGAGAGUUCAGAAGAUCCGUACUCCAAAACAUGGACCAUCAAUCAAACCAUCACGUACAACUGCGACCAACCAACCAGUGUCAGCUGUGCCGUAGGAGGCGUUGUUUCCUCCACCUCCAUAUUUUGUGUUGAAUGUAAAAAAAAAAAUCUUUUGAAGUUUUGUGUGAAAACAGACUGAAUUCAAAAUCGUCGUUCACUGAAAAUCUUGUCCUCUAAAAUGUAGUGGGGGCAUUUAGCUCAUGAAUAUUAAUUAGGUUAUAGUAUUGUAAAAUAUUUUUGGCCUUUCUGUUACCUCUCUCCCCUUUCUAUGCUUGCCACCUAUGCCUUUAUGUGGCUUUCAGCUUUCUGUUUGCCACUUUCAGCACAUAGCUUUAUGUGGCAAUUGAUGCAAGCAGGAAAAAGGUUAAUGCGUGUAUGGACGGAAGUAAUGUAACCACUGACACAAACAGGAAAUCGACGCAGGUGAAUAUAGAAAUUGCAGUUAUAAACAUCUUCUGUCAGACUGUAUUAAACUGAGAAUCAGCUGAGC